CUGAAAAAAAAAAAAAACCAAAAAUCAAAAUUAAAAUUAAAAAAAAAACUCUGUCUUUCUCUCUCUAAAGAGCUUUUCUUUUGUUUUUUUUUCUUCUUUCUCUUUCUCUGUCCUUCAUUCAUUUUAGAGCCUUUUGAGCUUCUCUUUGCCGUCGCUCCUGGUAACUGACACUUCUUUUAGAGAGGGCUAUUCUUACACUUCACUGUUCUUACUGGGUAAUGCGUCUUUAGAGAAUGCAGCAUUCUUUAAUUGGCAUGCCCAGAGUUAUGUCCAUUUCUUUGUGCUUGUAAUGUAAUGAUGUUAAAAAAAAAUCAGUGGACUUGGUUCAAGCUUAACCAGCAUGAGUGUAAUCACGGAUGUUGAAGUAAGUAGCAACUGUAACUAAGAAGGGGAUCUUGCUGUCAGAGUUUACCCUGUAUUAAGAAAAUAUGCCAACAUGGUGGGGAAAGUCUUCAUCCAAAGAAGACAAAAAGAAAGCAAGCAAGGAAAGUUUCAUUGAUGCUAUAAAUCGCAAGCUUAAAAUUACAUCUGAUGACAGAUCCACUAGCAGAUCAGGGGGUUCUCGAGGACGCUGUACUGAUACUGUUUCAGAAAGGGGAUCUCUGUCUCAAGUCCCAUCAAGAUCACCAUCACCCUCGACACAAGUAUCACGCUGUCAAAGUUUUGCAGAAAGGCCUGAUGCUCAACCACUUCCACUUCCUGGGGUGCAUCAUGCUAGUGUUGUGCGUACUAAUUCUGGAAUUAAUGCAUCAACAAGACCAGGAUUUGACAGAGGUUCAAGGCCGUCACUGUUUUUACCCUUGCCAAAACCUGGACAAGUCUCUAACAAACUGGAUCCUGUAGAUGGGGGUGAUCUUGCUACUGCUUCUGUUUCUACUGAUAGCUCUAUUGAUAGUGAUGACCCAUCUGAAUCUCGUCUACUUAGCCCCCUGACUUCUGAUUACGAAAAUGGACAGAGAACUGCUGCAAACAGUCCUUCUGGCAUAAAGCUUACAGAUCAGUUGCCUGUUAUCAAUCAGAAGAACUCAAAAGAGAUACUGAAGCCAGCUAAUAUAUCUUUUAAUAGUCAGUAUUUAUCCACAUCACCUAAGCGAGGACCAUUGAGCAAUCAUGUGCAGAAUUUACAAAUUCCUCAACGUGGUGCUUUCUGUAGUGCUCCAGACAGCUCAAUGUCAAGUCCUUCUAGAAGUCCAAUGAGAGGGUUUGGUCUGGAGCAACUUUGGAAUGCUGGUCCCUGUACAGGAAAGCCAUUCUCUGACAUAGCUUUCCUGGGUUCCGGACACUGCUCCAGUCCAGGUUCAGGCCACAAUUCUGGACAUAAUUCAGUUGGUGGAGAUAUGUCAGGACAGCUAUUUUGGCCACAAAGCAGGUGUAGCCCUGAGUGUUCACCAAUACCUAGUCCCAGAAUGACAAGCCCUGGUCCCAGCUCCAGAAUACACAGUGGUGCUGUCACCCCUUUGCAUCCACGAGCUACAGGGGCUGCCACUGAGUCACCUACAGGCCGACCUGAUGAUGGGAAACAGCUAAGCCACAGGUUGCCUCUUCCCCCAAUAACAAUACCCUUUUCUUCUGCAUAUUCAGCAGCAACAUCUCCAUCGUUACCCCGAAGUCCUGGUAGGGCAGAAAAUCCAACAAGCCCUGGCUCCUGCUGGAAGAAAGGACGAUUGCUGGGGAGGGGCACAUUUGGACAUGUCUAUCAGGGUUUUAACAGUGAAAGUGGGGAGAUGUGCGCAAUGAAGGAGGUAACUUUGUUUUCAGAUGAUGCCAAAUCAAAGGAAAGUGCACAGCAGUUGGGGCAAGAAAUCAUGCUGCUUAGUCGCUUACGACAUCCAAAUAUAGUGCAAUAUUAUGGAUCUGAAACUGUAGGUGAUAAACUUUACAUAUAUUUGGAGUAUGUUUCUGGUGGCUCCAUCUAUAAACUUCUUCAAGAGUAUGGUCAGUUUGGUGAAAGUGCGAUUCGGAAUUAUACUCAACAAAUUUUGUCUGGGUUGGCUUACUUACAUGCUAAAAAUACUGUUCAUAGAGACAUAAAAGGAGCAAACAUACUGGUUGACCCCAAUGGCCGUGUGAAAUUGGCUGAUUUUGGGAUGGCAAAGCACAUUACUGGGUCAUCUUGUCCAUUGUCGUUCAAGGGAAGCCCCUAUUGGAUGGCACCUGAGGUUAUCAAGAACUCAAAUGGAUGCAACCUUGCUGUUGAUAUAUGGAGCCUUGGGUGCACAGUUUUGGAGAUGGCUACCACAAAGCCACCUUGGAGCCAGUAUGAAGGGGUUGCUGCUAUGUUCAAGAUUGGCAACAGUAAAGAACUUCCAGCAAUUCCUGAUAGUCUUUCAGAAGAGGGGAAGGACUUUGUGAGGCAGUGUUUACAAAGAAACCCAUUAAAUCGCCCUACAGCAGCUUGGCUUUUAGAGCAUCCUUUUAUAAAAAAUGCUGCACCAUUGGAAAGACCCAUUUUUAGUGCUGACACGUCAGACCCAUCACCUCCAGUUACCAAUGCAAUGAGAACACUGGGAAUUGGAAAUACUAGAAAUCUGUCAUGCAUAGAUUCAGAAGGGACGGCUAGCCUUCCGUGUAGAGGUUUAAACGUGGGAUCAGGAUCCAGUGAUGCUUAUACACCAAGGAACGUGUCAUGCCCUGUUUCUCCCAUUGGCAGUCCUCUACUACAUCCAAGGUCACCGCAACAUAUGAGUGGAAGGAUGUCCCCCUCUCCAAUAUCUAGCCCUCAUACUGUUUCUGGUUCAUCCACUCCUCUUAGUGGUGGUAGUGGUGCCAUUCCAUUUCAUCACCCAAAACUGCCAAUCACCUACUUGCAUGAUGGUAUGGGAAUAAUCCCAAGGUCCCAAAAUAGUUACUAUGGAAAUGCUAGCAACCCUUAUCAAGAACCCAAGCCUGACCUGUUUCGAGGGAUUUCACAAGCCUCUAAUGUUUUCCAAGAUAUGAUUUCAUCAGAUACUGGUGCUUUUGGAAAACAGUAUGGACGGCCUGGCCAUGGGCAUUAUAGGGAACUUUAUGAUGGACAGCCAGUCUUGGCUGAUCAUGUGUCCCAGCAACUCUUGAGGGACCAUGUGAAGUUUAAACCAUCAUUGGACCUGAGCCCAAGUUCAUCAAUGCUUCGUCAUAAUGGUGGAAUCUAGUUUGCUACAGAAUCCUCUGUCAGGGAGGGCGUCCAGGCAUUUUAGAUGCUCUUGGGUGCUCUGGUCUUGUUUCUGUCAUCAAUAUUAAGGUCACAGGUUCCAACUUCCACACAGAUAAUAUAUGCUUAGUUCUGGAAGUCUGAAUGGCAGAAAGGAGAUAAUAUGACGUUGGAAUGGUCUCUUUGCUUGGUUUUCAAUUUUUACAGGAAGCAACGACUAGCAUGCAAGAGGUUGUUGGAGGCCGGAUGUUAGCUGCACUCAUAAAAUUUUCACAUUUGUGUCAGUGACUGAGGCUCUUCACCUUGCUGGUACAUAUUUCACCAUCAUAGAUAAUUUGUCAUUUUCCAGUAUUCCGUGCAAUGUGGAGACAGAAAUGCAAAACCAAGCUCACCUCUGGAGAUUGACUUAAAGCAGUUCCCGGCAAUGAAUGCAUCUGCUAGUGUAAAGAGAAUUGUACAUUUUAUUACACCUAAGAAACACAUAGUUAGAAGAGCUAUUCUUUCCAAUUUUUUC